CUAUAUUUAGGUUAAUGUCUGGAAGAGAAAGUUUGAUGAGAAUAAUAAAGAUUUAGCUGAACCACCAACUAAAAAGGCUUCAUCCACUCUUCAAACCAAUGAAGAAAAUACUGAUGAUAAAGAUGUUUUAAAAAUGCAAGAUCCUUUUGACAAGGAAACAUCUUCCACCAUUCCGGAGAAUAAAGAAUUUGACCAUAAGUAUAUUUUUAAAAAGGAAGGAUAUAACAACAGUAAAACAGCUGCUGUAAAUAGUGGAUUGCAUUCUAGUGGUACCCAACCUGUUCAGCAAGUGGAUAAAAAAAAGCCUUUUAACCAAAUCAUGUGCAAAGUAAAUUUUGUCCUGAGUGGAUUUGUAAAUCCUUUAAGGAGUGAGUUGAGAAAUAAAGCUUUGGAAAUGGGAGCUGAAUAUAGAGGAGAAUGGGAUAGUUCUUGCACCCAUCUUGUAUGUGCAUUUGCAAAUACGCCUAAAUAUGCCCAAGUCCGUAGUGCUGGUGGGAAAAUUAUAACUAAGAAGUGGAUAUUAGAUUGCUAUAAGAAAAGAACUCUCUUACCUUGGAAAGAGUAUGAGCUCGGAGAAGACGAGGAAGAAAGUUCCGAUGCUGUAUCAGAAAGUGAAGAAGAACCAAUGACUGUUGCUGGGAAAACAAUUAAACGUGAAACUUCAAAAUAUAAUGUUCAAAAAAUGAAUAAGAAAAAGCCUUUUAACCAAAUCAUGAGUAAAGUAGUUUUUGUCUUGAGUGGAUUUGUAAAUUCUUUAAGGAGCAAGCUGAGGAAUAAAGCUCUGAAAAUGGGAGCUAAAUAUAGAGGAGACUGGAAUAGUUCUUGCACACAUCUUGUAUGUGCAUUUGUAAAUACUCCUAAAUAUGUCCAAGUCCAGAGGGCAGGUGGGAAAAUUGUAAGCAAGAAGUGGAUAUUAGAUUGCUAUAAGAAAAAAGCUCUCUUACCUUGGGAAAAGUAUGAGCUUGGAGAAGACAAGGAAGAAAGCUCUGAUGUUACAUCAGAAAGUGAAGAAGAAUCAGUGGCUGUUCCUUGGAAGACAAUUAAACCUGAGACUUCAAAAUAUAAUGGUUCAAAAAAUGAUCUGGCAAAUACUCUAAAUGCUUCUCUUCUGAUAAAACAAGAAAUUGAAACUGAAGAUGAGGAUGCUGUUCAAGACUGUGUGGCUGAGACAAAUGUACAAACAAAUUCUGAUGCAAUAAAGAAGAGGAAGUUCGUAGGUUCAAAAAAUGAUCCGGCAAAUACUCUAAAUGCUUCUCUUCUGAUAAAACAAGAAAUUGAAACUGAAGAUGAGGAUGCUGUUCGAGACUGUGUAGCUGAGACAAAUGUACAAACAAAUUCUGAUGCAAUAAAGAAGAGGAAGUUCAUAGGUUCAAAAAAUGAUCUUUCAAAUACUCUAAAUGCUUCUCUUCUGAUAAAACAAGAAAUUGAAACUGAAGAUAAGGAUGCUGUUCAAGACUGUGUGGCUGAGACAAAUGUACAAACAAAUUCUGAUGCAAUAAAGAAGAGGAAGUUCAUAGGUUCAAAAAAUGAUCCGGCAAAUACUCUAAAUGCUUCUCUUCUGAUAAAACAAGAAAUUGAAACUGAAGAUGAGGAUGCUGUUCGAGACUGUGUAGCUGAGACAAAUGUACAAACAAAUUCUGAUGCAAUAAAGAAGAGGAAGUUCAUAGGUUCAAAAAAUGAUCCGGCAAAUACUCUAAAUGCUUCUCUUCUGAUAAAACAAGAAAUUGAAACUGAAGAUGAGGAUGCUGUUCGAGACUGUGUAGCUGAGACAAAUGUACAAACAAAUUCUGAUGCAAUAAAGAAGAGGAAGUUCAUAGGUUCAAAAAAUGAUCUUUCAAAUACUCUAAAUGCUUCUCUUCUGAUAAAACAAGAAAUUGAAACUGAAGAUAAGGAUGCUGUUCAAGACUGUGUGGCUGAGACAAAUGUACAAACAAAUUCUGAUGCAAUAAAGAAGAGGAAGUCAUAGGUUCAAAAAAUGACCCAACAAAUAUUCCGAAUGCUUCUCUUGUGGUGAAACAAGAAGUAGAAACUGAA